ACCCAGUAGAUGGCGGUAAUGCCUCAAAAACAAGAAGAACUACUCCUUCCCUCCCUUCUAGUAGGAGCCAUGUCAACUGCUGCCACCCAGCGGCCGGAGAAAUUCUCUUCAAAUUGGUCCCGUGAAAAAUCAUAAAAGCCGGACAUUUUUAUGAAUUUAUAAAACCCGCCCGGACGACGAGGAUACUCCGUGAAAGUAGGACUUGUCCGGGCAAAAGAGGACGUUUGGUCAUCCUACUUAUACUUUUACUUAUACUUUUACUUAAGUUAAAAAAAGGAAGUACUUCAUCCACCACUGUCCUUAAUUGAUUACAUUUUUCGCUACUCUACCAACCUCUGGUGAGGUCUAGGUUAUGUGCUUAAAGCAUGAGGUCAGCUGACUACAUGAUAAAAAUAUAAUGAAUAACAGGGUUAUUCCAUCAACGAUUUUUUCCCCCAUGGUGGCACGUAUCAUACCCCUUUUACUGACCGUUCUGCAAGGAAAAGGGCUCGCGCAAGUGACAAUGUGUUUUGUCCCACUGAGUUUGCUGUCGUUUGCAAUCCAAGAUGGUCGACCCGUAGCGCAAGCGCAGAUCAAUUUACCACCGAAAUUAAACAGUGGAAGGAAAACGAACAUCGGACCAAGAUUUCAACAACUUUUUGGAGGAAAUAUGAACUAUUUCGACGGAAUCAAAUCUGCACUUCUAGAGAAAGACCGGUUCACGAGUGACCGAAGUGGAUGAUGAUCUCGUCACAAUCAAAUUCUACCCCAUCAUACACCUUCGUGUCCGAUUAACCGCCGAUUAUGAACCACUCUCCGCAAUUAUCUGAGGAAAGCAAGUCCACAGGAGGUGAAGUACUGUGCAGGCUUGGUAUGGAGUCGGAUAGGAGGAUUUGUUCCACAGAGAGUGUCGGGCUAGCCCCGAGCCCGAAUAGAGAAACUUCCAGUUCCAGCCCUCCGCUUCUGCUUUCGCCGGGGCUUGGAGGCCUGGGAGCCUUGGGCAUCAUGGGCGAGGCCGCCGGGGCCGAUUGGGAGAGCAGAGAAGAGCUGCGACUGCGAGAGCUGGAGGAAGCCCGGGCCAGAGCGGCUCAGAUGGAGAAAACCAUGCGCUGGUGGUCAGAUUGCACUGCAAAUUGGAGAGAGAAAUGGAGCAAGGUUCGUGCAGAGCGUAACCGUGCACGUGAUGAUGUCCGCCAAUUAAGGCAGAGGCUUGACGCCUUGACCAAGGAGCUGACUAACGUUCGUCGGGAACGUCAAGAACUUGCAUCGGAGAAUGAAAUGCUACGAAAUGAUGGGAUGCAUCUUCACGAUGAAUCAACAGCUCUUCCAGCCAGAGGUUCUACGUCUUCCCCUCCACACCACAUAUGUGCUUUUUCUGCCUCUUCUAGUCCAUCUGUUUCACCUUCUGCUUUUACCUACUCACCCUCCACUAUGCAAGUCAACACUGAUUGCCACCAUGACAAGUUAGGUGAAGGGGUAACUCCAUCACCAGAGCCAGAACCAGUGAAGGACAUGGAUACGAGCGCACGAAAAAAAGUUCAACAAAAGAUGGUGCUUCUUCAGUCAGUGCUCCAUUUACAAACUCCAGUGGACAACGAUCAAGGGGCCUGGGAUAACCAGAGAGGAAAUAGUGACAUUAUUCCAUCAAGCACCUUCGUGAGCCGACAAGAACGCAAAAGGCAGCUGUGGGGAAUCAACAGCACCACAGAGGAUGACCUAAGCAAACUCCAUGUGUUACAGCUUCGUCUGGACGAGUCCCAAAAAGUCCUGCUGAAGGAGAGAGAGGACAAGCGUUCAUUGAUUAAGAACAUUGAGAAAUUGGAGACAGAUCUCAACCAGUGGAAACUAAAAUAUGAGGAUCUUAACAAAAGCAAACAGGAAGCCCUUAAACAGCUAAAUCUGUUGAGGGAAAUGCAUCAAGAUGAACUUGGCCGUAUAUCUGAAGACCUGGAGGACGAACUGGGAGCCCGUACUAGCAUGGACAAGAAACUAGCUGAAUUACGAACUGAGAUGGAGAGGUUGCAGGUAGAAAAUGCAGCAGAAUGGGGUCGCCGAGAGCGUUUGGAGACAGAGAAACUGGCACUGGAGAGGGACAACAAGAAGCUGAAGGCUCAGACUGAAGAUCUAGAAGAACAGAUUGCAAAGAAAUGUCGCCAGGCUGCAUCAGCAAUCAGCACUGACUUGAAGGCCAUCCAGACUGAGUUGUUUGAGAAAAACAAGGAGUUGGCUGACCUUCGCCACAUUCAUGCUAAGCUGAAGAAGCAGUUCCAGGAGAAGAUAGCAGAGCUAACCCAUGCAAACCGGAGAGUGGAAAGCCAUGAGGCUGAGGUCAAAAAACUGCGACUUCGAGUGGAAGAGCUAAAGAAAGAAUUAGGACAGGCUGAAGAUGAGCUGGACGAGUCCCAUAACCAGACAAGGAAACUCCAGAGGUCUUUGGAUGAACAGGUUGAGCAGUCCGAGAACCUGCAAGUACAACUGGAACACUUGCAGUCAAGGCUUCGCCGCCAGCAGCUGAGUCCUGGUCUGUUUGGGAAGAUGCGAUCAGCUCGGUUCAGUCCUGAUAACCCAGAUGGCUCAACUAGUGACAUUGAUGAGGAAGAAGAGCAACUGCAUCUCCAGAUUCAUGGAUGACACUUAUAUGUAUUGUCAGUGUUUACCCAAAUGUGUAUCUUCAAAAAUGCCAAUGAGCUAAAUAAGAUGAUAUAGCUAUGGACAUAAAAAGGGAGGUGCCCAUCUACAAUGAAAAACUGCAUAAGUUGAAAGGGGAUCUAGACUAAAACUAAACCAAACAAACCUGUGUGGCUUAUCUAGCCACACUGUUUUAGGCAAAACUGCAUUUUGUCUCCUUGGUUUCUGGAGCAAGAGUAACAUUUAUCCUGUAUUUUUUGUUAUUUCUUCUUGAUUUUAUCUCUGGACUGCAACAAUAAGCCACUCUCAGACACACGCUGAACUGCGGUUAAGUGCUGGGAUUUAAACGGGUAGCCCUUAUAUCUGAAAGCUAUUUCCCCGGUCGACUGAUAUGGAGAUGACACGGACAUGAGUCGCAUCCUAGUAUAAUGUCUGGGACAUUCAUGUAUGAAAACAGCCGGUUAUUUCACGGGUCACGGCGCGAAGGCUGAUGACGUAUAUAUCAUGGCGGGUUGAUCGUCAUUUCCUCUUUCUUUGCAGUGAGACAAAAAGAGGUAAACAAAAAUCGCAAUUAUCAACAUGGCAAACUGGAAAGAUAGCAAAUUUAAACUGGAAACAUAACAAAAAUACAUUGCUACUGGAUCUUAGAGCCAAGGAAGAGACAGUCCAUUCUCCAGCUUUGGAAAUGUGUGGUUUAUUCUGUUGCCACGCCGACCAAAAAUGACAUCAUGUCCGGUUAUAAAAUCCCGUCCCCUGCCCAUCCUGCAUAUGGAGCGCCGAGUCGCCAACAACACGUCGGAAAGUGUCCAACCCGGGUAAUUCCCGGUAUACCUCCCCACGUCUAAAAGCCAUGAAACGGGUAAAUCCCACGUCACACAUGAAUUUAGCGGUAUAUACUGCAAGUCUGAAAGGGGCCAAUCUCAUUCAAGAUUAUCUAACUUGGAAUGAGAUGGCAUUUCUAAGAGCAGUUUUAUCUGUCUGAAAAGGACCGUGAAAAUCGUACCUCAUUGUAAAAUUUCAUCUAUGUCCACUCAUUUUUCAUGAUGGUUAAAUUGUCAUUUGAAAUAUUUACAAUCUAACAUUUCGUUUUUCCUUUCAUUGCUCUCAAAUUUCGGGAGAAAGUCUGCUACACUGAGGUUGUGCAAUUGCUCUCGAGCAAGAAGUGGCACAUCGGGAUUUUCUCCUAAAAGCAAAUCUCGGGGCAUUUUUGGCACAGUGACUGUGUCUUUGAGAACACGCCAAGUGUAUGUAAAAAUUUGGUGGACAAAACAUUUUGAACUAGGCCUGAACGAUAUAUCGUUUGAAGAUCGUCACCGCGAUGUGCAAUACUCGCAUCGCAAGGAUGUGCGAUAUUUCAAAUAUAGCGCAAAAACACAAACUCGUUUUUCUGCUUCAUGCUCAUACGGCGCCACAGAUUCACUCACGCUUUGACGCUCACGCUGACGAGAACAGCCUCUCACUUACACAAUGGAUGAGUUGCCUUUGAUCGUAGAGCUACUGAGUGGUCGAUGCCCAGAUCAAAGCUACAACCCGGUCAAUCAUUGUUAACUUUAAGUACCAAACGCUAGCUGCACUGGUGACCAAGAAAAGUUUGGUCGCAUUGCUUAGUAGGAGGGAGGUGUUUGAGGCUGAGUGGACUCAAUGAAGUAUUAUAAUUAAUAUAAAUAAUAAUAAAUAAAUAAUAAUAAAAUAAAUAAAAUAAAUAAUAAAUAAUAUAAUUAAUAAGUAUAAUGAAGUAAGAAAAUCAUUUUUCUAAGUCAUUCUUGUUUGAAAAUAAUUCCCGUUAUGAAGGAGGCAUGGUGGGACAGUGGUUAGAACGUCCACCUCAUAGUUCUGGGAUCGUGGGUGGCCUUCCUGUGUGGAGUUUGCAUGUUCUUCCCGUGCCUGUGUGGGGUGUUUUUGGGGUUCCUGCUGGUUGAACACUCUAAAUUGUCGAUAGGUGUGAGUGUGUACGUCAAUGGUGGUGUGCCCGGCUGGCAAUCAGUUCAGGGUGUAUCCCACCUUCUGCCUGGAGUUAGCUGUGAUGGACUCCAGCACCCCCCACGACCCAGAAGAUGAAUGAAUUAUAUGAAUGUUCUGGCGAGUGAUGAAAAAUGUGUGUGCGCGCCUACAUUUUGUGCUGGUGCACCUUAAGAAAAAAAGUUGGGCGCACUGGUGCAACCAAUGCAAAAAGUAACUGUGGAGUCUUGGCAAUAUAUCAUUCAGGCCUAUCCCAAACAGCUAUUCAAGUCAUUUGGUGAAAAUUCUUCUAUUUUUAGUAUAAUAUCGUAAUAUAUCGCAACCCCUCACCCCCAAAAAAAUCCCAACAAUAGUUGUUGUUUUUUUCCUAAAUAUCGCUAGAGGGGAGAAGUAACGCAUUACAUAUACUCGAUUACAUUUACUUGAGUAACUUUUUGAGAAAACUUAUUUGUGAAGAAAAAACGCUACUCUGCUACUUUGGGCAAGUGUCAUUACAUUUUUCCUGUUUAUUGUACACAAGCUUGCCAUACUAUGAGCACGUCAAUCGCGUGUAGGCUUGCCACCCGUCCCUUGAAAUACGGAAUCGUUCCGUAAUUGGGAAUUAAAAGUUGCGUUCCAUAUUGAACCAAUACGGAACGCAGUUUAUUCCGUAUUUCACAAUUGUCCCAUGGUGCAACCCCGCGCGACCCGCGGCUCCGAUGGCACGCCCAGCACAUUCACGUCUGUCACACGCAAACACAGACCCGCGCUCUUAAGUGAACAAUGAGCCAACAAUAAUGAACAAAAAGGGCAGGAGAGAUUAAAGACAGCAAAAUAGUUAUCUGCAUGCCCGCUGCCGUCUGCCCUGCCCUGCCCUGCCCUGCCCUGCCCUGCCCUGCCCUGCCCUGCCCUGCCCUGCCCUGCCCUGCCCUGCCCUGCCCUGCCCUGCCCUGCCCUGCCCUGCCCUGCCCUGCCCUGCCCUGCCCUGCCCUGCGCUGCCCUGCGCUGCGCUGCGCUCCACUUCCGGGUAGGUUGCCUAGUUACGGAAGUUACCUCGCUGGAAUGUUGAUUUUUUUUUUUUUUUUUUUUUUCCGAAACAUGCAUUUAUUAUCAGUCAAUAUAGAAUGAAUUUAUGUACCCAUAAAGAACAUCUUAUUUUGUUAUGCUAACUAAUGCUCCUCAUUUGGAAUUAUUCCUAAGCGAUUAACAGCAAAUAAACACUGAAUUAAUAGUCUUAAUGUGAAUAUAUACUAUCAAUUGAUUGAUUAAUAGUGAUACCAAAAUUAAAGCAAUAAUUUGACAUCAUCCCACUCCUACCCUCUAAAUUACUGCAGCUGAGGUGACACAGGUAUACCACACAGUACAACAUGGCCAGAGCCACAACAGUGCUGACGGUGGAUACAAGCUCAAUCAAAAGAUUCUAUGUGAUUCCAAAAUGGUGAAGAAAAGGACUUUGGGGAGAACAAAGCAAGAGGCACUGUUGAAACAAGUCCUGGUUCCGAAGGCAGUGGGUGUUGUGCUCAAGAUCUUAACGUCACCCAUCCCAUUCUCCAUAUAGACCAAUCCCUCGAAUAAAUUGAGCAGGAAGUCCAGAGUCUAGGCUCACCAACAAAACGCUGGACUUCAUAGAGAAUGCAGACGAGUCAGCUGCUGGAAUUGUAGCUCCCCUGGAACAUUCCCUUGAAAAAUUUGGCUUGUCAAUGGAUCACGUGACUGCAUUCAGUGCUGACAACAUAAAUGUUAAUUACGGUAUUCACAACUGUUUUCACUAAACUGCAGAAAAAAAAGAAAAAAAAUCUGCUGCAAAAAAACUGCCAUGCCCACAUAGUGCACAAUACAGUUUUCUAAAUUUCUAUGGAUUUUAGGAGUUUUGAGGAUGUCCCUUUUUCUUUUUCGCCUGUAAGGCUUCGGGCGCGAGGGGGGGCGUCCCUUAUUUCUAUUUCUGAAAGGUGGCAACCCUAAUCGCGUGGCGUCUUCAAAGCAACGUAAAAAUGAAGUAUUUGACAUAGAGCGCUAGGGGUAUGCCAUCUGAGGCACCCCACUAUUCGAUUCGAUUACAAUUCGGGGUUCAACGAUUCAAUCGUUGAACGAUGAUCACGGUAUUGACGAUGAUCACGAUUAUUGAUGCAUCAUACAUUAUUAAUUAAUAAAGUAGCCAGACAAAUUUAUGUCAAUUAUGUAUUUAAAAUAUCCUAAUGAUUCAACAGGAACGAUUGAAACAUGCCCAUACAACAAAAAGCUGCCCUUAAGCUACUUUUUUUGUUUUUUCUAUACACAAGAAAGUGCAGUAACACGAACCAUUUCAAAGGCAGUACUUAUUUCUCAACAUGCCUAUACAACACAAAGCUGACCUAAGCGGCUCUUUUUCACAAGAAGGUGCAAAAACAUUAGCUGUUUCAAGGGCAGUACUUAUUUCUCUCAACAAUACAAUAACAUUUACACUGGUGGAAUGAAUCUCACAAUCGAUGUAUUGCCACAACUUUGUAGAGUGCUUCCCUCAACAUAAAUCUCCCAGUUUUUAUCUGGAACCGAUUGACCACGGAAAACCAGAGAUAUGAUCCUUUUAAUUUCAUAAUAGUCACUAUGAAGGAAGUUUUCACGAUUCAAACUAGGAACUAUUUUCUCCACUAGAGGGCACUAAUGCUUUUUGGACGACUAAAGCUUCAUUUCUUUUUUUUUUUCUCUCUCUCACCGAAAUUCAAUGUAUUAUUAUUAUUACUUUUUUAUUUUAUUUUAUUUUAUUUUGUAUUUUUGUAAUGGGUUAUUGUACAGUAUUAUAACAACUGUUCAUAUGGAUAAGUUUGUGCUGAGAGAGAAAAAAUACCAUUGUUUAAAAAAAUAAAGCAGUUACUCACAAUGUUAACUCAUUGAGUAUUCUUUUCACUGGAUACUUUUUUACUUGUACUUGAGUACAUUUUUUGAAUGACUACUUUUACUUUUGUAAUAUUAUUCUGAAGUACUGCUACUCGAGUAAAUUUUUUGGCAGC